AUGUCAGAUCUGGAUACUUAUAAAGCGAAUUUCAAAACGUCAAAUAAAUACUUGAAAUACUUUUGCAAUCAACCUGCAUCUAACUGGACACUCGAAAAGUUUAAAAAGACUUUUUAUGACAAAGAUGCUGAAAAAGCGAAGAAAGCCUUUAUUAAAAAUCUAAAUAUUGUCAAGCAUGACGCGAAGAAUAUUCCUUCCGUUGUAAAGCAGCACAUUGACCGAGAAAUAAAUUCUUUCAGCUCUGCCACCCGCGAUAUUACAAACAUUACAGUGAAGGGAAACUACUAUCAUAUUAGCCAUAAAGGCAAAGAGAAAGAAAGCGAAGAUGUAGAAUUCACCCAGAAGUGGGUUGAGUUUUUAGCUGAUGCCGAGAACAACAAAAACUUUCAUCAUCUUUACCGAGAAAUGAAGAAGCAAAUUGGGCAAAGCCAGAGUUAUGAUUUUGGCGCUGAUAUGAAAGAAUACAUAAUCAAUGUUUUAAAUGCUGUCUAUAUGAAGAGGCCAUCAAUUUCUCGUUCGGAAGUAGUGUAUAACACUAUCAUGAUCUUCCCUUGCCUUGAAGCAAUGCUCUCUUUGAUGAAGGAUAACGAUUUCGAGCCUUAUUUUGUUCCAGGCGAAGAUGAACUCGAAGCUAUGACGAAGCAGUUGAAGAAAAUGGGAGGAAAGGGGGAUAAAAGGAAGAUAUACAAGGCUGACGGGGUAAUCCGCCUUGCUCAAGAAGAUGAUCUGGAAAUACUUGUUCUUGAGACGGCAGGUGCUUUUGGUCACGAUGACCAUGCCAAGGCAGCGUUUGACAAUUCGAAGGGAAUGUUUGCCUCGCUGGCCAUGCUCAAGACCAUAGCUGACAAGUAUAAGUUUGCUUCAGUUACAGAGUUUAAAAAGCUCAGACUGUAUCUUGUUCAGCCAAGCGGUAAACAAUAG